AUGUUACAUGCCAAUCAUAAGGAUUGGAAUGCCAAACGCAUCCCUGAAAGUCAAGGUCGCCUGGGCAACCCGGGGCCGUACGGGUGCAUUCACCGCAAGCCGCCGAACAGCCAAGUGUGGCAGCUCCGUGACGACCAGCUGGUCAGCCCCGAGUGGGGCUGCCUGGCGCCAGGCUCACCACUCGAUGUGCCCAGCGAAAGCCAGGUUCAGUGGAGCGCCUGUCGCUUUAGUGCCCCUGGCGGCCAGGCUACCGAGGAGCAGCGUUUCCAUGCGGAGGCUGUCGAGGGGACCGACACAUUCCGCCUCGUCCUGGCUACAGGGCACUGCCUCACGGCCUUGGCGGAUACCGACGUGAGGGUGCCCUCUCUGGCGCAGUGCCGGCUUGAGGACGAAGCGCAGCGCUGGCGAUGGGCCAAGCCUUCUCUGAAGUUAGGCUUGAAGCCUGCCGCAAAGAAGGACAUCUGUCUGGACAUCGACAACGGUCAAAGCCCCCUCCUGUAUGUGUGCUACAGCAUGGAGGACGUGCAUGCGCCGCAUGGCGUCGUCAACACAAACCAAGCUCUCUGGCUGACCCCUGCAGGCCACCUGACGCAGUGGGGGCCCGUGGAUACCUCCUUCACGAACCUUUGCCUCGAUGGCUCAGUCCCCCCCGUGCAGCAUCGACGCCUUGGCCUCCUGGACUGCGAGGAAGCGCGCGCACAAGGCGUGCGCUGGAAGAAGGUGGGCGCCCACACGCCACCACAGACGCAGAUGGUCGCAGGAGAAAAGAAUGGCCACAGCGGCACCACGAUCUGUUG